UCACACGGCCAUGUCAAUGUGUCCAAGAUGGCGACCUCCAUCCUUCUGUGUUAUACGGUCUCGACAAUUGCAACAAAAUAACAUUAUUGUCACAUGUCAGAACGUUGUUGUUGGUCGCAGAAAAUACAAGACGGUUUAGUAAAUUGAAUCGGAAACGUUCAAAUCGUCUCCAAUGCUUUGUACAUUUGUAGAAGUGUGCGCGGUGUUAGUCUGAGGGGAUUUCCGAGCAUGGCCACCGACAACAGAAUUCAUUUCUGGAGGAAAAACGCCAAGGUUCCAGGGAGUAUACAGCCAGUUUAUGGAGCGCAGCAUCCUCCACUUGACCCCAGAAUACACCGCACGUUUCCUAAAGACACUCCAAAGGCAAAUAAUCUCAAGUCCAAAAAGGCGUCUAGUUUCCACGAGUUUGCCCGCAGCACCAACGAUGCCUGGGACAUUGAUGAUGAGGAGGAUGAGGACUUCUUAGCUCCCAUCCAUCCCUCAUCUCUCCCGCCCACCCUGCACUCCACACACCAGGUACCUCCUCUUCCUCCACAACAACCCAUUAACACCACCACUGAGCCAGACUCAGGGCCUGCAGACCAGCUGGCUCCCCCAACUGCAGAGGUCCGUCUUCAGCAUGAGGAGGACAGAGACUGUGGACAGAUCAAUGGCAGAGUGGUGGUGAAGUCCAGCAGUGAGGCCCUGCUCAACACCAAUACAGUGCGUUCCACUCUGCAGAAGCAAAAGUCUCUCCCAGUCCGUCCCAUCAUCCCGUUAGUCGCCAGAAUCUCGGACCAAAAUUCCUCGGGGGCACCAAUCAUGACAGUGCGAGACAAGAGUCGAUUGGACAAAUUCAAAUACCUUCUGUCCUGUCCUAACACCGAUCUCGAGGAGCUCCGGAAGCACAGCUGGUCAGGCAUUCCACGAGAAGUGAGGCCCAUCACAUGGAGGCUCCUCUCUGGUUACCUCCCAGUCAACAUGGAGCGCAGAGACCUGGUGCUGAAGAGGAAGAGAGAUGAGUACUUUGGUUUCAUUGAACAGUAUUACCACUCCAGGACAGACGAGACUUACAAAGACACAUAUAGACAGAUCCACAUUGAUAUUCCGAGGACAAACCCACUAAUUCCACUUUUCCAGCAGCCUGCGGUGCAAGAGGUGUUUGAGAGGAUCCUCUUUAUCUGGGCUAUCCGCCAUCCAGCCAGCGGCUACGUCCAGGGAAUCAAUGACUUGGUCACUCCAUUCUUUGUGGUAUUCCUUUCCGAAUUUGUUGAGGAGGAUGUGGAGAAUUUUGACGUAGCGUCCCUGCCUCUUGACACCCAGAGGAACAUUGAGGCAGACAGCUUCUGGUGCAUGACCAAGCUGCUGGAUGGAAUACAGGACAACUACACUUUUGCUCAGCCAGGGAUUCAGAACAAAGUUAAAGCUUUGGAAGAAUUGGUCAGCAGAAUCGAUGAGGACAUACACAACUACUUUAAGAGGUAUGAGGUGGAGUACCUGCAGUUUGCUUUCCGCUGGAUGAACAACCUGCUGAUGAGAGAGCUGCCUCUACGCUGCACCAUCCGCCUCUGGGACACCUAUCAGGCUGAACAAGAGGGCUUCUCCCACUUCCACCUGUACGUAUGUGCUGCUUUCCUGAUCGAGUGGCGCAAAGAGAUCCUCUCCAUGGUCGAUUUUCAGGGUCUUCUCAUGUUACUCCAGAACCUUCCCACAAUCCACUGGGGGAACGAGGAAGUAGGCCUUCUCCUGGCUGAAGCAUACAGACUGAAGUAUAUGUUCGCUGACGCGCCCAAUCACUACAAGAGAUAGGCCUCUAUGCCACUGGUUCUCAACCCUUUCUUUUAACCGUGGCACACCUUGAUGGGAUAAAACAUUCUGCUGCACACCUACAAUUUCCCUAUUCAUUUAUUUAGUGGUAAUAUCAUCCAUCUUAUCUGAUCUAUACUGCAAAUCAUGUAUUUGUUUUUUAUAGAUUAAAUGGAGUUAAUUUGAUCGUUCCUUAAUCUGAAUCUGUGUGUACCCCUUAAAGAGUGUCCUGUGAAUCCGAGUUAUAAAUAAUUUUUUUUAGCUCCGGUAAUAUAUAUAUAUAUAUGUAUAUUUAUUUUUUCUUUUUUUUACGGUUUGGGCUACAUAUGAACAGUUUUCUGCAUUGUUAAAGGUGCAACCACGGACACAAAGCCACGCUUUGUUUCUAUGGCAACGGCUGUGGUACAGCUAAACCUAAUCAGACUUGGUUAUGCUAAUUGUUCUCACAGGCAAAGUAAAGGCAUACAAAUGGCUUUGCUCGUGAUGCGGCACCCCUCAAAUGAUACAAAUGUAACAACAGCCUGAGCGCACUGGACUUGAAACAGCCAAACAGAUGGAACCAUGUGUCAUUCAAUGUAUUAUCUGAGCGGCGCUGGUGCUCCCAAGUCCAAAUUCCACAGUUCACAUUCGUUAGUGUUUCCCAACAAAAAAUAAUUAAGAUUAGGAAAAGUUUCACUGCACAGCUGAAAGUUCCUCAAGGCACAACAGUGUGCUGAGUGACACCGGUUGAAAACCACUGCUCUAUGCCCUGGUGAACAGACUGUAAAACAGAGUUUGAUAUGAGGGUUUUUAGUCCUCUGACAUGACUGAUGGACAUACUGUAAAAUACCUUGCACACACGUAUAAAUUAUUCACUCAAAAACCCUGGCCUGAACUACCAUUUGUACAAUAUUUUUCUUGCUGUCUUUCUCUGUUAAUAAUUGCAUUGGCAAGUUUCAUUCCGCUGACUCUGCAGUGUAUUACAUCAGAGCGACUGGCUUGAACUUCUCAGUAGUAGUCUGUUACAGUUCACGCCGUAGGCAUCGAGUAGGGUCCUGACAUACAGCUGGGAGUUCUGCUAUUGGAACUCUAUACUGUACUUUAUAAAUGACUGGUAUAUUAAUCUGGAGGGAUAAGUACUUGGCUAAUCGGUUAAUGGCCAGUUCAAAUUCAUUUAUACUGGCAUUAAAUCAGUAUUGGUUGUCUCAGAAGUUUUAACUGAACUCUGAAUGGAUGAUGACUGUUUGAUCAUCCUUCAAGUUUCAGAGAGAAUAUACUUGAGUCAUUUUGUUUAUCGUUUGUUUAUAACAGAGUUCUGUGGUAAAGCUAGCCCACAUAUUUUACCACUUUGUCCCCACUUGUUCCCUUCAUGGAUAUAUUGAGUCCAGUAAAAGGCCAGUCUGAAUAUCUAAUGAAGAAAUGGUCCAAUGUAGUACAACAUGAUACAGGAAGUACACAGCUGCUACUAAUUGCCGCUCUGUAGACCAGGAAAAGGUACUUUAUUUCAGGGUUUAUCUAUAGGGAUGCCAUAUUGAAUCCCAAGGCCUCAAUGUGAAUAGGAUGAGAAUGGGGACCUUCAAUUGUUGAUGUAUUGUUGUAAAGUUUGGACUAGAUAUAAAGUAUUAGUUGAACUAGAUAUAGCUGGAUUUUAUCAUCUGAUUAUUUGCUAUUUUCUUUCUAGAUUAUAUGAAACUGUGGCACGUAUGAAAGUUGAUAAAUUGGAUCAAAAUGAAUUUGUCAUUUGCAACUGAAUGAGACUUGUCUACCCUUCAAAUGGUGUAAACCUGAGGGGAUCUGAAACUUUACCAAAUGUAUAUUAUGUAUGUUUGUGGUGUUCAUAACAAUGCGAUGCAAAUGUUGCUUUGUCUAUUUCCUCUUCCUGAAGAAAUAUACAAACCAGUGCAAUCUAAAUCAACAAUCUGCAACACAAUGUAACGACCAUCCAGGAAGUUCUUCAGAUAGUAGAGAAGAUGACUGUUGUACUUCCCUGUCUUUUGUUUGCAACAGCAUCUACUCUUAUUUAGUAUGGUUAACUUAAACAGUUGUCUGUAAACUUUAAUAAUAUAGAAGUGAAAAUUGUGUAUAUUAAGAAUUCAAAUGUUCAGAUUUGUUAUAUAGUAAAUGACUGUGUUUUGCCUUGUCUCUGAGGGUUGCUAAUGCUGAUGGGGAUUUUCAGAGGCAACUUUUAGUAACCCUCCCUACACAGUUACUUGAUCUAUUGAAAACUGUCCUGUGAUAUCAACACAGCUGUAUUUCAAGCCUUUGUUAUAAGAAUGUGUAAUGCACUCUUUCUUUUACUGUCUAACAUGGAAAACUGAAAUGUUGUCAUUUGACCUUUUGUUUUGUAUCAGUUGAUAUUGGGGUUAUGUAGUAACCUUCCAGUUGAUAUUGGGGUUAUGUAGUAACCUUCCAGUUGAUAUUGGGGUUAUGUAGUAACCUUCCAGUUGAUAUUGGGGUUAUGUAGUAACCUUCCAGUUGAUAUUGGGGUUAUGUAGUAACCUUCCAGUUGAUAUUGGGGUUAUGUAGUAACCUUCCAGUUGAUAUUGGGGUUAUGUAGUAACCUUCCAGUUGAUAUUGGGGUUAUGUAGUAACCUUCCAGUUGAUAUUGGGGUUAUGUAGUAACCUUCCAGUUGAUAGUGGGGUUAUGUAGUAACCUUCCAGUUGAUAUUGGGGUUAUGUAGUAACCUUCCAGUUGAUAUUGGGGUUAUGUAGUAACCUUCCAGUUGAUAUUGGGGUUAUGUAGUAACCUUCCAGUUGAUAUUGGGGUUAUGUAGUAACCUUCCAGUUGAUAUUGGGGUUAUGUAGUAACCUUCCAGUUGAUAUUGGGGUUAUGUAGUAACCUUCCAGUUGAUAUUGGGGUUAUGUAGUAACCUUCCAGUUGAUAUUGGGGUUAUGUAGUAACCUUCCAGUUGAUAUUGGGGUUAUGUAGUAGGCUACCAGUUGAUAUUGGGGUUAUGUAGUAACCUUCCAGUUGAUAUUGGGGUUAUGUAGUAGCCUUCCAGUUGAUAUUGGGGUCAUGUAGUAACCUUCCAGUUGAUAUUGGGGUCAUGUAGUAACCUUCCAGUUGAUAUUGGGGUUAUGUAGUAGGCUACCAGUUGAUAUUGGGGUUAUGUAGUAACCUUCCAGUUGAUAUUGGGGUUAUGUAGUAACCUUCCAGUUGAUAUUGGGGUUAUGUAGUAGCCUACCUGCUGUGACCUCACUUAGCUGAUGUAAAGCAGGAAUAGUAAUUACAUUUCCAACCUUCAUAACCAUUUCUCUGCUAAGGUAGAAAGAUGUGACAGUCAUUCUUUAUCUUUUAUCAUUCUUGUAUUCAUGGUUGCAUGUUUCGUCACAAUAUGGUUUUGAACGUUUGUUUUGAACUGAUGCCCGACUGAGCAUUCUACUCAAUGCAUUUUAGAUCAAGGGCAGAUGGAGAACGUUCAUAAGAGUGGUAUGGCGCGACCGAGUGAUGGAAGUGCAACCUAUGAAUUGAUUGUCAUUUAGGUUCAGUUUCAACAAUAUGGCUGAAAUGAGUUUUGUCAGGUUUUUUGUGACCCUAUGACAACCUAACAUAAUAAAACUGAAGUACAUUUUUUCGUGCAUCAGUUUUUCUGGCACAAUCUAAAGAUCCUGGAUAGUUUUUCAAUAAGCAGUGCUAGAACAGUGAGCUUGGUGGUAUUGGAUGUGUAAUCAUGAUAAUGAGAAAACUGAAGUGCCAUAACUUCUGUACCAGUAUUAUUCUCAUAUUGGUUUUUAAGAUCACCAUGUAGUUCAAUUAGGGUUUUUCUGCAAUUAAAUCAUCUAAUUGUCAUUCUACUUUAGAUUUUUGCUUGUUCCAGGUACACAUUUUACCAUGUCUUCUCAAGUCAGUGUUUUUGUAGGGAAAAAUGCAGACUUAUGAUCUUAGUUGGCAUUUUCACAUUUUAUAAUGAUUUGUUGGUGUGUUUAAAUAGUUGCCUUUCAGCCUUAAACUGUGCUCUGUCCUCAUUUGUUUAUUUGCUCAAAAAAAAUCUGACUUUGUGUAAUUUUAAUUUAAUUCAUUCUACGAUUGUAUUAUUCACUCCAUGUCGCGUUGUUUUAUGGUCAUGCAAAGGUUCACUGCAUUUUGGUUUUAAAAACAGGAGAUAUAGGACAAUGAAACCUGAAGUCAUUGUCGAAAUUCAAAUUUCCAAUCAUUCAUUUGUCUUUUUCUAAUCUUCAAUGCCAAACUAUUCGGCCAAUAAUGUUUUCUUUCAGUUCCAUGCUUCUGUAGUCAUUACUGGUUUUGGCCUUAAAUGGAGGAAAUAUUACAGUAUUCUGCUGUAUAUGAACUUUUUGUUUAUAUUAAACGAUUGUUACCCUUUG